CUCCUCCUCCCUCCUUCUGCAGCCACCGGCUGUCGCGGUCGGGAAAGUUUGUGCGGAGCGCCGGGGAGUGGCGAGCAGCGAUCCCGCCAGCGGCGCUCGGGCUCGGGGAGCCGGGGCCAGGCGCGGGAGCCGGCGCGCGGCCAACACCUGCGGGCGGCUGGAAGGGUCCAAGUAUAUACCUCAAUCUUUGACCUUAUUCUGACUUCAUUCCCUUUCUCUCUGGAGCUCCCAACAGGAGCUAAAUGUCCUUGGGAAAUUUCAGUGGAUAGGUGCCACCAGACCUCUGAUGCCCACCCAGAUGUGGGGCACAGCUGUCCAGAGGCAUGCUUCUCACUCAUGUCUUGCUGCUACUGCUAUUGAUCUCCUGUCAGCUGCAGGCUGCUUCUGCCCAAGUGAUGGAUUUCCUCUUUGAAAAAUGGAAGAGCUACAGCGAUGAGUGUCACUACAACCUGAGCCUGCUGCCCCCUCCCACGGAGCUGGUCUGUAACAGGACCUUUGACAAAUAUUCCUGCUGGCCGGACACCCUCCCCAACACCACAGCCAACAUCUCCUGCCCUUGGUACCUGCCUUGGCAUCAUAAAGUGCAGCACCGAUUUGUCUUCAAGAAAUGUGGACCUGAUGGGCAGUGGGUCAAGGGGCCCCAGGGCCAGGCCUGGCGCAAUGCUUCUCAGUGUCAAAUGGACAUCAGUGAGAUCUGGUCACAGAACAAGUCUGCUCAGAUGUACAGCAGUUUCCAGGUGAUGUACACUGUGGGCUAUUCAUUGUCCUUAGGAACAUUGCUCCUUGCCCUCCUUAUCCUGCUGGGAUUCAGCAAGCUGCACUGUACCCGUAACUACAUCCACAUGAAUCUAUUUGUCUCCUUCAUUCUCAAGGCCAGCUCUGUGCUGGUCAUUGAUGCCCUGCUCAAGACCCGAUACAGUCAGAAGAUUGGAGAUGACCUCAGUGUGAGUGUCUGGCUCAGUAAUGAGGCGGUGGCAGGGUGCCGAGUAGCCACGGUGUUCAUGCAGUACGGCAUCGUGGCCAAUUACUGUUGGCUGCUGGUGGAAGGUGUCUACCUGCACAACCUGCUGGUGCUGGCUGUCUUCUCAGAGAAGAGUUACUUCAACCUCUACCUGGGCAUCGGAUGGGGGGCCCCCAUCCUCUUUGUCAUCCCUUGGGUUGUGGUGAAAUUUUUCUAUGAGAACAUCCAAUGCUGGACCAGCAAUGAUAACAUGGGUUUCUGGUGGAUCCUCCGAUUCCCUGUCUUCCUAGCUAUCCUGAUCAACUUCUUCAUCUUCAUUCGUAUCAUCCAGAUCCUCAUUUCCAAACUUCAAGCUCACCAGAUGCGAUACACUGACUACAAAUUUCGGUUGGCCAAGUCAACGUUGACUCUGAUCCCUCUUCUGGGCAUCCAUGAGGUGGUGUUUGCCUUCGUGACGGAUGAGCAUGCUCAGGGCACCCUACGCUCCAUCAAGCUUUUCUUUGACCUCUUUCUCAGUUCAUUCCAGGGCAUGCUGGUGGCUAUUCUGUAUUGCUUCGUCAACAAGGAGGUUCAGGCAGAGUUGCUGAAAGCCUGGCGUCGUUGGCAGCUCGGGAGGGCCCUGGAGGAGGAGCAUCGCCACACAUGCAGCCACAUGAGCUCCGGCCGGCCGGGCUCCACCUGCCCUGGGGAGAAGCGCCAGCUGGUCAGUUGUAGCAGCACCAGCAAUGGGGCAGGAGGCAGUCAGGCAAACGCUCUAACCCAAAGUUCCUAUCUUGAGAAGACUGGGGCCAGCUCCUGUGACCCAGACACUGAGGGCAAGGGAACCACCUUUCCUGGGCUGGCAGAGAGCAACUUCUGAGCCUUCUGUGUGAGGAAGGGGCUCCUAGACCCAGAGCCUGGAACCUGGAAGGUGGAGCAGCAGGUCAGGAGAAACCUGGAAAGCCGAUUGAGCCCAUCUGGAGACAGGGGACAUUACCCAAAGGACUCAGAGGCAGCGUGGUGCUGUGGAAAAAAACAGUUGACUCAGCUCGGUGGUUAACUAGUUGUGUGAGCUUAGGCAAAUAUUUUCCCCACUCUCAAUUUUAUUUUCUUUAUUUGUAAAUGAGUCGGACUAAGUGAGUUCCAAGGUUCCUUUCAGCUCUAAUAACCUACAAAUCUAAAAUCUAGAGUCUAGAAUCUGCAGCUCAGAACCUGGAGGUCAGGCUAAGAGAAAGACUGGCAGAUGGAAUGAAUUGUGGUGGGAGAAGGGAAGCAAAACAAGUGCCCUGGUACUCCCCUGCCUGGGUACCAAGUAGUGCUAUCUGUCCU